UAUGGUUCGCGAACGCGCACCAUCAUUCCUGGGCUACCACCGGACAUCUUUUUACUAGGGGAAAAAUUAACGAAAAAAAAAAAAGAAAUGAAAAUUGUGCAGUUCCUCAUCAACGACGACCGCGUGAGGGUGGGGGUGUUGGACGGUGAAAAUGUGAUUGAUUUGAACGCCAGUGACGACACGAUUCCGCCUUCCUUGGUGGAGUUCCUCGCCGAAGGAGAUGCCUUGGAUCGAAUUCAGAAAGUGGUUUCCAAUCCCGGAAAAUUGCACAGACUGGCCGAAGUUCAACUGCUGCCCCCAAUCACGCGGCCCGAUAAGGUGCUGGGGGUGGCCCUGAACUAUAAAGAGGCCUGCGAUAGGGGCAACAUCCCUUACCCAGCGGAACCCAUCGUGUUCAGCAAAUUCGCAUCCACCAUAAUCGGACCCUACGAUGUCGUCAAGAAGCCGCUGGCCAGCGAGGCCGUCGAUUGGGAGGUCGAACUGGUAGUCGUCAUAGGCAAAAAGGCUCAGAACGUGAGGGCGGAGAACGCCUUGGACUACGUCUUCGGAUACACCGCCACCCAAGAUCUAACAGCAAAAGACUGGAUAACAAGGAAUGGGGGGCAGAUGCUGCUCUGCAAGAACAUGGACAACUUCUGCCCUUUGGGACCGUGCGUCAUCACGAAGGACGAGAUUCCUGACCCCCACAACAUCCGCGUGAAGACCUGGGUGAAUGGGGUGCUGAAGCAGGACGGCAACACUGUGGAGAUGGUGCACAGGAUUCAUAGGAUUAUAGAAUAUCUGUCUAGGGCGAUGACGUUACUCCCAGGCGACAUUAUAUGUACCGGCACGCCAUCUGGUGUCGGAGCGACUCAAUAUCCCCCUCAGUAUUUACAGAAAGGCGACCUGUUGGAGAGCGAAGUUGAAAAAAUCGGCAGGAUGGCAAAUCGUAUAGUUUGAGAUAGACAACAUAGCAAAUAGUAAAUUAAUCAAGUCAUUAUUAGAUAAUAUCAUCAAUUCUAGGAAAUUGGAACAAGAUUGUAGGGAAAUAAGUGUUGUAUUUUGUUAUAGUUAUCACAAGAUGAGUUUAGAAGUUUUAAAAAUAUUUUUAACCUCACAUUCGCCGCCUGUGUAAAUAUAACCUCACUAAAAUACAGUUAAUGACUGAUUUUGCUAAAAAGUCAUUCUGAUUUUAAAAUUUCUGAACUCGUUAGCUGUUUCCUAUUAUCUGUAUAAUAAAUUGGAUAUGUUAGACUAAUUGUAGGCUUCAGUAAAUUUACUUUCUUCCAUUUUCAAGACUAGUGUAUUGUUAUUGGUGAAAUCCAAAUGUUAAACCAUUUAUUUUUGUAUCUAUACCAAAGGCAUUAAAUAUUGUUUUGUUGAACCUUA